AGUCAUUUCAAACUAAUGCAAAUUGGUGGAGAAGAGAAUCAAAUUUGAGGCCUCACUGUGUCCCUUAGACUUUAUAUUUAUUACAAUUUUUUGUACUAUUUUUUUUUAAACCUAAAAUUGGGUAGGUAUUUUACCACGGAGCAUGGACAACCAGCUAGUUGCUGUAACAGUCACGAACAAGGAGCUAUGAGAGCCCAAAGCUAGUUUACAUACAGGACUUUGGAGUUCUUCUCAGGUUUGGCAUCCACCAGGACCAGCUCCUUGCUGGGAAGCCAUAAAUCGGGAAGAUCAGAGACAGGGAAGAAGAAUCAAUACAACCCGUUCUCUAGGAGGGAGGUGUUUGGACGGUCUGACCUUUAGCGGUGCUAGAAGACCUGUUUUGAUCCAAACCAGAUGUUCAGGCUGAGUUAACUUCGGCCUGAGUCAAGCAAUUGAUCACAAGAUGUUUUUUCGGUUUGUGUGCUAUCUUGUGGUUGUGUGGCUGAUUUCUGGCUCAGAUGCAGAGAGCUGUCCGGAGCUUCCCCCGGUGGACAACAGCAUAUUUGUUGCCAAGGAGGCGGAAGGACACGUUCUGGGGACCUAUGUUUGUAUCCAGGGCUACCACCUGGUAGGGGAGAGCACCUUGUUUUGCAACGCCUCCAAGGAGUGGAAUGCCGGUACCCCCAGGUGCCGCUUGGGCCACUGUCCCGACCCUGUGCUGCUGAAUGGCAAGUUCAGUUUCCGGUGGCCGGUGAAAGCGAGAGACACAAUCACGUUUACAUGCGAUGAGCACUACAUCCUCAAAGGCGGCAAUUGGAGCCAGUGCCGCGAGGACCACACCUGGGUGCCUCCCUUUCCCACCUGCAAAAGCAGAGACUGUGGCCCUCCUGGGAACCCAGCUCAUGGCUAUUAUGAAGGAAAAAAUUUCAACUCAGGAUCUACCAUUACUUAUCACUGUGAAGACAGAUACCGCUUAGUGGGCACACAAGAGCAGCAGUGCAUUGAUGGGGAAUGGAACGGAGCACCUCCGGUCUGUGAAUUGAUCCCAGAAGCUCCCAAACCAGCUCCACAGACUGCACACGAGAAGGCACUGCUUGCCUUUCAAGAGAGUGAGGAACUUUGCAAAGCCGUAGAGAACUUUAUGCAAAGAUUAAAGGAAAAUGGCUCAACAAUGGAGGAGCUAAAACAUUCUCUGGAAACAAAGAAAGCUGAGUUGGAGGCAACAAUAUCGCCCUGACAUUGUAGCUGAGUUGAUUGGGUAAUGUCAAUAUACCUAUAAAUAAAGUUUCCUCUUCGUUCUGAAA